AUGGGAUUCUCGAAAUUUCCUAAACGUUAUGGGAUCGUACUUUUGACUUUUAUCUGCACUUUUGUCUGUUACAUAGAACGCGUGGGUUUUUCUAUAGCUUACACAAUUGCAGCUGAUGCUGCAAAUGUAAAUCAAACAAGCAAAGGCAUGAUACUUCUACAUUCUAUUAUGGGUAUGCUUGUUCCCAAGUACCUGGUGGUUGGGCAGCUCAAAAAGUUGGGGGGAUUCAUAUUUCCUUCUAUACACACUGUGCUUGCACAGUGGGUGCCUCCACAUGAGAGAUCAAGAUCAGUAUCUCUUACUACGUCUGGAAUGUAUUUUGGUGCUGCAGCUGGAAUGCUCAUUCUUCCUAGCGUUGUGAAGUUUUGGGGUCCUCAAUCUGUAUUUCUGGCUGAAGCUGCUCUAGGUGCCUGGUGGUCUAUACUUUGGUACAAGUAUUCCAGUGAUCCACCAAGAUCUGAGCAUCCAAAAGCAACUGCUGCUGGUUUUGGGGAGACCCUUUUACCUGUGAAAGGGCAUCAAAAGACAAACUUACAAAAUGGAGGACAUUCAGUUAGAACUCAAAGCAUUCCUUGGAAGAAAAUUACCCUCAGUCUUCCUGUGUGGGCGAUUGUUGUGAACAAUUUCACUUUUCAUUAUGCUCUUUAUGUUCUUAUGAACUGGCUUCCUACGUACUUUGAAUUAGGUCUUCAGCUUAGUCUUCAAGAAAUGGGUUCUUUAAAGAUGAUGCCUUAUUUUAACAUGUUUGUGUUUUCAAAUAUUGGUGGGGUGCUUGCUGAUCACUUGAUCACAAGGCGAAUUCUCUCUAUCACUAAAACAAGAAAACUUUUAAAUACUGUUGGAUUUCUUGUUGCUUCUAUUUCCCUGGUGACUCUUCCUUACUUCAGAACAUCAGAUGGAGUUGUGUUUUGUUCUUCUGUGGCUCUUGGCUUCUUGGCUUUGGGAAGAGCUGGAUUCGCCGUUAACCAUAUGGAUAUUGCUCCGAGAUAUGCUGGGAUAGUGAUGGGGGUUUCUAAUACAGCUGGUACUUUAGCUGGGAUAGUAGGUGUAGAUCUUACUGGCCGACUCUUGGAAGCUGCUAAAGCAUCUAACUUAGACCUAACUAGCCCAGAUAGCUGGAAAGCAGUAUUUUCAAUCCCUGGCCUUCUUUGUGUAUUGAGCUCUUUUGUUUUUAUGCUAUUUUCUACUGGAGAAAGAGUUUUUGACUGA